AUGGUAGUGAUUGAAAACACGAAUAUCGUUUUCCAGACUAUUCCCUGGCCAGUCGUUGUGCGGUUGUGUUUGUUUGUUCAAGGUAAUGGAGAAAAGGCGUUCCAGGUUGCCGAAAAAAUUGCCGAUUUCGAAGCGUGGGACUCCCUCAUCAUUCCUGAGGUGGAGGGCAUUGAGCAGCCAGCUAUUGAAAGUCCCGAUGCGGAAGAACCGCAACCUACAGAAUUCACACGAGUGGGAGACAAGGCUAGUACGGAGAAGGUGAAGGCUUCCAUGUCGCUGUCCCAGCAGUCACAGCAAUACAACGACCUGCAACAGCUGGCUAAAACAAAUCUCUUGAAUACUACUGACCCUGCUCUACGACACGAGUUCCAAAAGACAUACAACGAGCUCAAGGACAAGAAUCACACCGUCAAGCAACGUAUUGCCAAGCUCACAGAGCCACGUAAUGAGACGCCGUGGUACACGGACUUGCACGGGUUGUAUGUUCCUGAAGCCAUGCAAGUGGCUAAGGUGAAGGUUAACAGUUGGUGGGAGGUGGAGAAAGACAAGGCAGUAAAGGACAUCCGACCGCUGACGUUGAAUACGGGUCUGGGUUCUCAUUCGCCAGGAGGUUUCUCCAAGAUUAAGGUCGCGUUGUCAAAGUGGUUGACCAUUGACGGAUGGAUCCAUGAGGUUCAUAAGGGCCAUAUUCAGGUUGUGAGGAGGUAG